AUGCCCUACCCCGCACCAUGCAUCGGGAAGCCUGGUGACAAGCUCCCACCCCUCUGUGGGGCCAUUCCGGCUUCUGGGGACUAUGUGGCCAAACCCGGAGACAAGGUGGCUGCCCUGGUGAAGGCUGUGGGUCAGGAGGAGCAGUGGACCCUGGCUGAGGUGGCCAGUGACAGCCAUGCCACCAAGUAUGAGGUAGAGGGCACUAACGAGUCUGGCAGAGAGAGACACACCCUGAGCCGGUGGCGGAUCACCACACUGCUUCCGUGGAAGGCCAAGCCUGAGAUGGACCCUGAAGCUUUAUGCCAGAAGGAGCAGCUCGUGCUGGCCCCAUAACCCCAGACCACCUGCUUCUACUGUGCCGUGAUCCACACACCCCCACAACGGCAGGAUGACUACCCAGUCCUGUUUGAAGACACCUCUUACACAGAUGGUCACUCCCCUCCCCUCAGUGUGGCCCAGCUGGACGUGGCGGCUUGUAAGGAGCCCAAGAAAAAGUGA